CAAUAAUAGAGAAUAUUACGGUAUUUAAGCUGCAAAAUGUCUAGCGCGAAGAUCAUCGAAAAUCCAGAAAUACCGGGAUUAGAAUGUUUUCUGCCGCCGCCACCGCCACCCCCGCCUCCAGUUGGAACAACGGCGAAAAGCAACAACUUGCCAGUUAUCACGGAGCAACUACAACAACAACCGAUAUUAACAACAGAAGCAAUGACCGGUUUAUCGAGCAACGAAAUACCGGAAAAUCUGACGGCGAUUCAAGCACCGACUACGCCGUUUCCAAACCUCUCCGUGCCAACAUCGUACAUCAUGCAUCCGGCGAUGCAACCGCAAACGCCUGGACAACCAGCUACACCCUGGUGGAUACCCACGGACGCGGACACAUCGGACCUUUAUGCACGGUGGUAUGACACGACUUACAAGGCGGCAGCUGCGGCGGUCGUGUCGCCGACGAUCCAAGUUUGCAACAAAACCAAGAACAAGUAUUAUAAACGGAAAAACGAGUUCAUCGAUCCCGCGUUAGAUGCAGAGAAAGUUGCAAGCGCCCAGAGGGAAUUGUCAACGCUAAUGAAACCGCUGAACUGCGAUCUGUGCAAUGCAGUUAUGAACUCGACGUUACAAGCCAAGUUACAUUACGACGGAAAGCCGCAUCAGAAGAAGGUAUCGAUGUUUUUAAAUCAGAGCGUAAAGAAACAAAAGACCGACGACGGUCAAGUUAGCAGUACGACUACCGAUUGGCAAAAUUAUUGUGACAUUUGUAAAACGUGGUUCACGUCGCAAACGGAUGCGACGCAACACUACGCCGGUAAAAAACAUAUUAGAGCGGCGAACGGCGGACGUCGUGCGAGGCCGUCGAAGAAGUCGCAAAAUCAAAAUCAGUACAGUCAAAUAGAUCCCAGCGGCCGAUUUGGGAUAGGAAUGGCUUUUCAGGCGGAAGUGCAAUCUGUACCGGCACAGCCGGUAGUACCUGAUGGUAGCAAUGCGGUUCCAGCGCCAGGAACCGGCUCCAUCUACACACCACCACCUUAUCCAACGCCGUUGCGUUGCGAUUUGUGCGGAGUAUCCGCUAAUCGGCAGGACCAAUUAGAAACGCACAAACGUGGCGCUAGACAUUUGAGGAUGCUCAGGUUGAACGGAUUGCCUGUUCCCGAGCUUGCCAUCGAGAACGAGGUGACACCCGCUACUCCUGGACCCAUAGAUUAUUCUAUUUACCGAACGCCAUCAGGCCAGUAUUAUUGUGCACCGUGCAAUCUGUCGUUAAACUCCGAGAGUACGUUUGCCCAACACGUGGAGAGCAAAAAGCAUAAAAAUCAGUCGAACCCAAAGUCUCCGUGUAACGCAGUGGUGGUGCCGAAGAAAGCUAGAUUCAAGAAGAUAUAAGGCUACGGGGACAUCGUACACUCGUGUACGAUCUG